AUGGAGAAUUCGCUGCCGAAUGGAAUGUUUCCUCGGGCUCCGAAUUCCAGAUUCUCGGCUAGGGAGGGAAGAAGUGGGUAUGAACCAUCAGAUACAGAGACAGAGUGGCAAGAAGUUCCCCGACAUGAACGAGAAAGAAAGAAUCUGACUCUGGGACCUGAAGAACCAAAAGUCCUCAACUUCAGGAAUAAAAGUCCCAUGGCACUAUACAGAAGGCAUCCUUCCAAGUUUGAACUCGAAAUCUCAUCUCCUGUUGCGUCUUCAGUAGCAAGCUCAGGACGAAGGAGACACCAAAGUAGAUCGCCGUAUAGGCCCUUCAGGGCCGACGGUGAGGCUCCAUUUCCCAAAACUAGUUUGGAUGUUGGGAGAAGUGUCAGUCCUUUGCCAAAACCUGACCUUGGAAGGCAUGGAUCUCCAUAUCAAUAUGAAAGAGAAAAUCUCAAUCGGCGAGCGGUGAACAGAGUAAGUGAGAAAUCAAACCAGAGAAGAUCAAAGACUGCUCCGAGGGUAAGGGGAAGAGAAAGGGAAGCAUCCCAUGGGAGCAAUCCUUCAAUAGGAGAGAUCAACGAGAUGGUUGCUGAGGCGAACUUUUCAAGAGAUCCUGUUAAUAACGAGCUCAUAAUAACAAGCGCAGAGUCGAGCCUACCGGGUGAUAUUUUCUUUUCUCGCGAAUGCAAUGCCAUGAUGAAGAGCAAGAACAUGUUAACAAAACCAAACAUUGAUGAUGAAACCCAGUUUGAUAGCUCGAGACCUAAGAUUCUCCCCCAACGAGACACCCCUUAUCAUCGUCGUCAUCAUUAUCAUUCAAACAGAGCAAAUAGGAAUCUCAACACUGUGAACAUACGAGGCACAUCAUCUAGUACUACUGUGCUGUCUCGCUCGAGUACGAUUACUAGUACUGCUGCUAAAAGCAAAAAGAACAGUGGGAAUUUAAGCACUAGCAGUAGUGUGAAGAGUGAUGUUAGUUGGACGAGUGCGAGUAUUCAGAAAUUCAUAAUGAACAGGAGGAAGAACCAAGCAGACGGAUGGUUUGCUUGCAUGAGAAAAGUAGGCAGGCCAUCGAAUAAAUCGCCAGAACAUCGAUCAGUUGAUGAGGCUUCUAUCAUUGAGAAAGCUUUCGUGCUCCAAAGCCUCCCACAAUUCUGGGCAGAUAAGCACCAACCCACCUCCAUGGAUGGCUUCAUUUGCCACCAACAAGAAGCUCAGCUUCUCAAGGAACUAGCGUCUCAAGACGUGUGUCCUCAUAUUUUGCUAAAAGGACCAAUUGGCUCAGGAAAAAGAGCGCUGGCAAUGGCUCUUCUGCGAGAAAUAUUCGGUGAUGCGGUGUCCAAUGAUAGAAGGCCCGUGAAAAUCACUGUUCCAAUAACGUCCAGUCCUCAUCACAUGGAGCUCAAUGUAAAUUCGGAACCUAAUGCUAAAUAUGCUUUAAUGGGAUUAGUUAAGGAAAUAAGCACUGAACAUGCGAUUACCCCUGAAGUCAGUAAUUUCAAUUUCAAGUCAGAUUACAAAGUAUUAGUUCUCUACGAGGUUGACAAAGCAGCUGACAACAUCCAACACAUGAUCAAAUGGAUUAUAGAUCGCUAUUCUGACAUAUGCAAGCUCAUAGUUUGUUGCGAAGAUGGUGGGGACAUAAUCGACCCUGUGAAAAACCGGUUCGAAGUUAUCAAUAUUGAUGCCCCACCAACGCAUGAAAUUAUGGAUGUUCUUAUUCAGAUAGCAAAACAAGAAGAAAUUGAUCUGUCCAUGAAUUUUGCUGCUAAGAUUGCCACCAAGUCAAAGCAGAAUCUCAGGAAAGCAAUCAUGGCUCUUGAAGCAUGCAGAGCACACAACUAUCCAUUUUCAGAAGAACAACCAAUUCCGCUUGGAUGGGAGGAGACUAUAAUAGAAGUUUCUGCAGAGAUCCUAGCUGAUCCUUCACAUUCACGCUUAUUCUCAGUCAGAGAGAAAUUACAGAAGCUCCUGGUGGAUUUUGUUCACCCCAAGCUGAUUCUCCGGAAACUGGUGGAACAGCUCCUCAAAGGAAUUGAGAGCAACUUAAAAAGGGAGCUCUUCUACUGGCAUGCUUAUUAUGGGAAUGAUAUUGAAGGUUCAAUGCGAAAAGAGAGAAAUUGCAGGCCCCAAGAUUCUGAGGUUUUCCUGUUACACAAAUUACCGAGCUCUUCUGGUUGA